AGGCUCGUUCGGCUGCGCAGCCGCGAUUGGAUCGCAGACCGGAGGGCGGCCAGCCGCGCCCCGUCCCUAUAGGGCGCCGCAGCUGCCACACGACGCGCGAGGUCGGGUUUCUCCCUUUUCUUCGGAGCGGUCGCGGGCGAGGAACUAUUUCGGGAAUUCAGCAGGAGAGGCGUGUCUGCUGCUGCCCGCUGCCCUUCUGCGUCCGGGGCCAAGAGGCAGCCCGUGCGACUCGUCUCCUCGAGGGACCAGCCUUGCAGCUUUCUUAGUUUCUGGGACAUUCCAAGGCCUGCUUCCUGCGGUUUUGUUCUCCACCAACUUCUGUGGAACCAAGUUAUGUCCACUGCUGCUUUAAUAAAUCUGGUUAGAAAUGGGGGGAACCAAGUGAGGAGAGCGCUGCUGACGUCUCGUAUUCUGCAAGACGACAAGCGAUGGGUGGUCGUGUGCCAGAGCUCCACUACUGAACGCAGAACUUCUCGCUUUGACCUGGACGGCAGUGGCCGCCCUGCCACGUGGGACUCCUUUGGUAUCUGGGACAAUCGCAUUGACGAGCCCAUCCUUCUCCCGCCAAGCAUAAAAUACGGGAAGCCGAUCCCCAAGCUCAGCCUGUCAAAGGUGGGCUGUGCCAGCCACAUCGGGAAGCGGAAAGAAAAUGAAGAUCGUUUCGAUUAUGCUCAGCUGACCGAAGAUGUCCUGUAUUUUGCUGUUUAUGAUGGACAUGGUGGGGUCGCAGUUGCUGACUUCUGCAAUAAGUACAUGCGAAAAUAUAUCCUAGAAUUUCUUGCUGAAGAACAGAACAUGGAAAUAGUAUUGUUCAAAGCUUUUUUAGAAAUAGAUAAAGCAUAUAUGCAACAUGCUCGCUUGUCUGCUGAUGCUUCCUUGCUGAACGCCGGGACCACGGCCACUGUGGCCCUCCUGCGAGAUGGGAUUGAGCUGGUCGUGGCCAGCCUUGGUGACAGCCGCGCCCUCUUGUGCCGCAAAGGGAAAGCUGUGAAGUUGACCAUUGACCAUACUCCGGAAAGGAAGGACGAGAAGGAAAGAAUCAGGAAAUGUGGUGGUUUCGUGAGCUGGAACAGCUUGGGGCAGCCCCACGUGAAUGGCAGACUGGCGAUGACCCGCAGCAUAGGCGACCUGGAUCUUAAGGCCUAUGGCGUGAUAGCAGAACCAGAGACUAAACGUGUUCAGUUGCAUCAUGCAAGUGACAGCUUCUUGGUCCUUACUACAGAUGGCAUCAACUUCAUAGUGAACAGCCAAGAGAUUUGUGAUUUUGUGAACCAGUGCCACGAUCCCACCGAAGCAGCUCACAUAGUCACUGAGCAGGCGGUACAGUAUGGGUCAGAAGACAACAGCACUGCCAUCGUCGUGCCCUUUGGAGCGUGGGGCAAGUACAAAAACUCUGAGAUCAGCUUUUCCUUCAGCCGGAGCUUUGCCUCAAGUGGAAGAUGGGCCUGAGCACCUUCUGCAGCGAGAUGCUGAACGUGCCAUUUUGUAGGAGGCUUCCAAGGAAGAAAGCAAGUCUGUCAAACAACAUAACUUACUUGUCCAUCUCUCUUUCAACAACUAGUGCUUUCUGUUUGGGUAGUGAAUGGCUGUUAACUUGAUGUCGCCUCUUAACAAACGUGUCUGUUACUGCUUGUCUCAAGCCAACAGUUUUCACCCCCUCCGUCUUCAGUCAUGGAUGCUUCUGUCUGCUGUUGCAGGGAUGCUGGCUCUUGACGCCUGGCUGAGGUCUCCUUAUACAUAAUGUACUCUCGGCCACAUUUUAGAGGCCGAGAGAGAGUGGCAGAGGCCAGCUGGAUCUCUCAGUUUGCCUCGUAUUGCACUUAGGGGAGCAGGUACACAAGGAAGUAUGGCAUUUAUCUCCCUCACCAUCGUACGUUUUUGUUCCCUAUUCAAAGAGAAGUUGAAGAAAGGUAGCAGCUGGGAGGUAGCAAGCUGCCUCUGCAGGCACACCUUGCUUUGGUCUGCUGGUUCCAAGUUCACCUGCAAAGCUGAGUCUGGUCUGAGCCCAACACGGAAGAGAAGUUAUCUUAGUCAUGGAGUUGAUUAGGAUUCCAUACUGUGGAUAUCAAACGGCAGAGACUGCAAGGUCUUUUAUAUAUUUAUAUAUGUGUGUCCGUGCACUUGCCUGUGCACACAUGUGCAUGCUGUCUUUGCAGCCCUUUCUUCAAAGGCAGAGGGCAAAUUUUAUACUGGGUUUGAAGUCCACAUCUGUUUCUUUGCUCGUGGGAUCUUUGGCCAGUGCAUGGCAAGAGUCCUUGAGGCAGCUGUAGGCACAAGAUUUACAAGGGGGACCAUAUUAUGUGCCUUUAGAGGGACGCUAUGUAAGUUCUCUGUAUUUAUUUGUGUUCUUUAAAGAUGCUUAUCCUAAGAAACCUCUAAUGUUACUUAAAUAUGCUCUACAUGGGCUAAACUGUCAACAUGUAUUCUUUAGUUCCUUUUACGGUGAUAAGUCUCUUUCUUUCUCUUCAGACUCACUGAAAAAUGCUGUCCCAACGCACAAAGUUAACUGAGAGAAAUAUUGUGGCCAGAGGCCAGGCAGAGUGUGAAUUGUACAAAUGUUAAGUGCCAGCUUUUCAGACAUAGAGGUGUUCCCCCACCCUGCCAAACGGGUAAAAGUUUUGUUUCCUUCCGUGGUUGAUUUUUGCAAGGGAACAGCAGGUGCAUAUUUAAAAUUCCCCCUGAAUUUCAACUAAACAAAUUUUGAGGCAAAUUUGGAUAUAAAGGUUUCAUUGAAGCUAAGAAUAUUUCUUCAGGAGAAUCAGCACAGUACCAUUUCACCAUUUUUGGUAUGAAAAAAUAGUCUGUAACUGGAGUUCCUUAGUAGGAUUUCAGAAUUUGAGUGUAAGCAUUUCUACGGGCUAAGGAAGCGAUCUGGAACAUUCAUUUAUGGGGACCACUCUGUUUCUCUAGAUGUCACAUGUAGAUGAGAAUGGCUUCUGUGCAACCAACCUGUGAGAAUCCAUGCUCUUUAUUUUUUACAUAUUUGGAUAAUUUCCCUGGAGUAAAGCUAAUUAAAAUUACAGUGAGAAUAAGUCCUGCUGGAGGUUACUUUGGACGGUACUUUGUACCAGGACGGAAAAGCACUGAGCCCUGAUCACAAUGUGAACUCUGGACCACCUGUUAAUACCUGUACUGCCUGGCCUACACCUUUUGUAUAAAGCAUUCCAGUUCUGGUUCUGUGCCUAGUAGUAAUGGAAGACAUGCUUGGGAAACAAAGUGUACCCUGAUAUUGUCCUGUUGUUGUUCAGUGUGCAUUUUACCUGUUUGUAUAAUAUAUGUAGCUAUAAACAGUACUUAUGAAAGGCUUUAGAAGUAAAAAUACGUAAAAAAUAAAUUAUUUGUGCAUAUGUACCAUAUCCAUUGCUUUCACUCUAGGUCAUUAGAGUUAAGGCCAUGCUUCUCUUUACAGCUUCCAGGUUCCUGUUCUUUAAAACCUCCAUGGGGAAUUCCACCCCACUCCACCAAACAAAUGCCAGUUCUAAAAUAGGGAUUUCCUCAGCAGCAGAAAGGAUUAAAUUCCCUCUCCAUACCUGCUGUCCCCCACUCCACAGUUGUUUUAUUUGCAUUACAUAAAGUAAAUUAAUCUGCAUGUUGCGUGAUUGAAGAGAGCAUUUUACCUCACAGCCCAUAAGUAAGAUUAGCCGCAUCGCUCUUCGGGCUGGGAAAGUGCUAAACUUAAGGACAUCCUACCACACAACUUGCAGCGUGGCAAAAGUAGGGGGAAGAUGCAGGCCUGCUGGACGUGGUCACUGUUACGUGUAGCUGUGAUUUGAGAGAGUGCUGAGAGAAGGUUUGUUCAAAAAUCAGGGACUCUUAUUUAACUGGAGGGGAACGAAGAACUAAACUGGGCCGCACAAGCAGCAGCCCACCAAGCAAAAUGUAGACCAGCAGCCAUCCGUGGCAGCUCACUGAGGCCUUACUAAAUCUGAGUUGUUUGCUGUGUGGCUUAUAAGCAGGUUAUCAGGUAUCCGGCUUCCUGUAAUACACAUUCGGCUUGGUGGGUUGCAGAUGGUUCAGGAUUGCACCACAGGCCUCUGCAACACCGUCUGAUAGCUGCCCAUCCAGUAGCCAGCUGUUCUUCUGCAGAAGACAGCUCCCCAUCCCUUGCAACAAAGAGUGGCUGGAUGAAGGCCAUGAGCUGUAUGGUGCUCACUGUGCUUCGGUUGACUAAAUCUGGGGAGCUCCCUGGCCUGCUGAAAGCCACCUCGGAUGUAUAGUCUUUGGCGGCAGAGUAUCUGAUUCUGUGUUAGCUAGAUAGUUUGGAAGGUGGCAAGGAGUUGGCACUUUCUGAUUUUAUUGCAAAACUGGAGGUCUAGCCUAGCAUAAAAUCCAUAUGCCUCAUUCAGCACUGGUGCUUAUGCAUGCUGUGUUAGGGCAAUGGAAUGGAUCCCUUUUUAGGUAGUGCAUAAACCACGGCUGUUCCAAAAGUGUGUGGGAUUCUUUUGUUAAUCCUGCUGGCCAAAGUGAAAAAUAUUCCUCAAAGAGGUCUGUGAUAAAAGAAGGCAAAAAUGUUAACUAAUACAGAGCGAGGGUGAUUGGUUAGCCAUUUGGUGGAGGUUCCUCCUGUGUCCGGUCUAGGAAGCAUUGCCCUCCCUCUUAGUUGGCCUUGUUUGUCCUUGAAGACCUUAUGUUGUUAGAUCUGAUUGGCUACAAAAUGGUAUGACAUGGUGUUUAUAUCAUGAAACCUGAUAGGCUGGAUGUCAGAACAGGAGGAAAAACAAACAAACAUAAUUUGACCCCCAAAUUAACAUUGAAGCUGGGGAAGAGGUGAAACUCCAGCAAGAUAUAGUCUCAAAUAUUAGUAAAAUUUUCACCCAUCCCUUCUGUUACACAAGCUGAAAUAGGCGAACCUUGGGCCCAGUCCUAACCAAAACCUCCAUCAAUGGCACAGAUGUUCUUGCAGUCUACGAAUGUAUAUCUGUAUGUCACAGGGAAAAUUAAAACCACUUGCUCAAAAGAGCUGCUAGUAGUUGUUUCCAGAUAUUGCAGGCCUUUUUUCUAUCUAAACUUGCAUGGGAUUGCAUUCUUACUAGUAGAAGACAGGACCAUGAUUGGCUAAUGUGUACUUAAAAAGGGUGUCCAAUAACUGUGGGAUAUAUAGCUGUGAUUUAUAUAUUGAGUAAGUACGUGGAAUCUGUGGCUCAGCCAAUAGUUCAUAUUAAAUGAUUCCUUUUAAAACAGUAUUUGUAAUGGAAGCAGGUCAAAGACCGAACACCAUUUUAAUAAAAAGCCCUGUUCCCUGGAACUUAAAACACAAAUUCACUUUUUCUUUUGUUAAAUGAAAUUCCUUCCUUUUAAAAUAACUAUAUGAGCCCGAAGAAUCAUUGUCUGCACCUUACUUCCACCCUUGUAAAAAGUGAAUGAUGGUUCUUAAAGUAAAAGGGAAUCGAUCAAACUCAAUGGUGGGAAAAUGAGAAGAAACAAUUGCAUAUUCAGAAGCCAAAAUGGACUCUGGUUGAUCAAAAGGAUGCAGGAUCAACACAUGUUUUACUCUUCUUGUUUUCAACAUACUGACCAAUUAACAGGUCAGUUGAGUUUUGAGACUGGGGAAGGGUCAGUUUGAGUGUGCUUGAAACACUUGGAUUUAACACUACUAAUCAAUAGGUCAUCUUACCACCAUGUUGAGUGUACCGUGGAGAAAGACGCUCUCUACAGGUGUUCCAAAGUUCUAAAGCUACAGUGUCUCCUCCAGGACAGGUAAUGGUUGGGCGAGGACACCCGUUCCUGGAUGUGGCAAGUGCUUUGGCAGCUUCAUACUGACUUGUAUAAAUACUGAAGUGCACUUUUGUAAAUUGUGUUGCAGAUUUUUUGCCUUAGGACGUUUGUGCAAAUUUUAAUCUUGACAGUCCAGCCUGCAUGGGGGACUCCAGCUUGGAUAAUCUUUUGUGCUGAUGCCACCUGUUGUAUUUCUGUAGUGGCAAAGGAUGUGUAUAGUAUGUAUGUACGCAUGGGAAUGCGGUGAUUCCUUCUUUUUAUGUAUUGGGUCUGCCUGCUGUUUGAUGGCAAAACAAACAACUUUCACUGCAAUCCUACGCAAGUUUGGAUGGAGAAAAGGGCUACAAAGGAGUUGUAAGCCUUUUUGUUCUGUCUAAGCUUACAGAGGACUGCAUACUAGCUGAAGGCAGAACUGCAGUUGGCUAACGUACUUUAACGAGGGUGUCCAAUGAUUGAAGCCUGUGGUAGAGCUGUGAUUUAUAUAUUGUGUGACUGUGUGGAAUUUAUGGCUCAGCUGUUGCUUCAUUUUACAUGGUUGCUUUUAAAACAAUUUGUAAUGGAAGCAGGUUGAACACUAUUUUAAUAAAAAGCUUGCUCCCAA